CGAUCUUUCCGAGUCUGAACGAACUUGCUUCAAGCUCUGAGCUCGAUCAGACGACGAGAUGUCAUUGGCGAUCAAGUCGAUCAGAUCGAUUGCGCCCUUGUUCGACAGGGUACUCAUCCAGCGUAGCAAACCCGUCGAACGAUCUGCCUCGGGCAUCUUCCUGCCUUCCUCCGUCACGAGCAAUCCGCCGCCGGAAGGGACAGUCAUCGCAGUGGGGCCGGGCUCCAAGGACAGGGAUGGCAAGCUUGUCCAGUGCAGCGUGCAGCAGGGUGAUAGAGUCCUGUUACCCUCUUUCGGUGGUCAAUCACUCAAGAUUGGCGAGGAUGAGUACCAGAUCUACAGAGAUGCAGAGAUCAUUGCAAAGAUAACGGAAGAAUGAUGACUUGUACCAGAGAUCACCAAAGAGCACCACUCUCUUUCUUCCUCUGCUGUCCGACGCAAAAUUGCAAAUCGUUGUACAUCAGAUUGACACCGAGCCAGCGAGCAGAUCAGACGCCGUAUGUCAGAGGGUCAAACGUCAUCGGGUCUACGUUCGGGGGCAGUCUCGGGAUGGGCUUGCGUCUGAUAUUCGAGCGCUUUCGGCCGCUUGUUUGGUGAGGCUCUCUGGGCGCGUUGUAGGUGCUCUCGACGAGACGAACGGGCGGCUUGCCUUGGUGCUCGAGAUCGAGAUCGUCCGCUCCGUUGACUUCUUCGUACAGCUUUUGCGUCACACAAUAGCAGUCCGUGGUCAUUUCGGGCAAUCCGAUCGAUUUCAUCGCAGCGUCGUCGCACUU